GUGAUAGUGACAAGUGCGGUGCUGUUUUGCGUUGUGCUCCGUACAUUUUUCGCGUUUUGCGGAUGAAAUGGUUGCCUAAAGACGGGUUCUCGUGACAAACGUGAAACUGAUCGUAUUGCGUUUGGAUUGAAUUUGUUUCGACCGUCUAAAACAAUUCUCGUGGAACGGAUAGUUUUGUGAAAACGGUUUCUGCAGCGCGAUAAUGAUAUCCGUCAAAGCCAAGCGUCAAGCGAAGGACAAACCAGAGAGGACAAUGUUUCCUGGAAGCGCUGAGCGUGCUUGACGUUGAAGCUUAAUCUGUGUACACAAAAGAAUUAAUGGUACGUCGAUAGAACGGAGAGCGCGACAAAUGAAUGAACAAUAUUCGUCAAAUUCCAAACAUCGUAGGAUCGCGAGCAGCAGAAAAUGGAAACACUUUACACCGGUCACAUUCAUGGAUUUCCUCCUUCGGCAAACAUAUCUUACGGUUCUCUCAGCACCACGUGGGGCUCUCAAGGAGGUCUUAUUGCUUUGGGAGUAGUCCUUGGGAGCUCCGUCAGUCUGGUAGGGCUUGCCUUUGCUUUCAUCACAUAUAGCCUUUUCUCUGAUUUGAAAUCUCUAGCAGGAACAGCGCUUUUAAGUCUUCUAGCGUCACUUUUUAUGAGCCAAUUAUUGUUCGUCAUUGGAGUAGGCGGUGUACAGGACGCUGAGUUAUGUUUGUCACUUUCACUGGCAUUGUUGUUUAUGAAAUUGGCGUCACUGUGCUGGCUGUGCUGUUGUUGCCACCAUGCGCUUGCCAUGUUUCGUUCCAAUACAAAUAUUCAUCCUAAUCCAGAGCCUAGUAUGGGAAAAGCUCUUGCAAACUAUAGUCUUAUUUCGUGGGGAUUUCCAUCGCUUAUGCUCGGAGUCGCAGCCGCAUUUAAGUACAAAGAACGUGACAUUAAAAUAAGCGGUGCGCAAGUAAUUGCACAAAUUGUUCACGAGUUGAACGGAGAUAAUCAUUGUUGGUUAAUGGAGGGCUCGGCUUACAUCUGGGGGUUUCUUAUGCCGGCAAUAGUGCUUCUGUUUUCUGGUUUUUAUCUUGCUUGUCAGGGUGGAGGAGCAAUUAAAAUAGCUGCGGCAUUGCAGAUUGAUUCUCGCGCCAAGAACAAGCUUGUCAAAAAGCGAGGACUGCAAAUAGGCCUCUUUUUCAAGAUCCUAGUAGUACUUUCUUCUGUUGUUUGCCUUGGUGCGGUUGCUUCAGUUUGGAACGUAGUACAGCUUUGGUCAAUCUACAGUAUUGCGCAAGGAGUUCAAGGACUGGUCAUAUCACUGUUAGUAUCGUGCAACUGUAAAGUAUUAAAACUCUACUCAGCCCCGAGGAGUCACAAAGCGCGCAGAGGAACUUACCGAAGUUUGAAGGAUGGUGACGGAGGACGCUAUGGAGUUAUAUCGAUAACGAAUCCUAAUUAUGAAGAAAUGAUUCCCAAUGGCGUUGGCGAAAAUAGCACGAGCCUUACGAAAAUGUCGUACAAAGAAAAACACUUUGUUGAUCGUAUAGACAACACUCUACCGACACUUGACUGUGCAUUCAACGGUGAGCUAUCCACAUCGCUCUCCAUUGAUGAAUUGCCAAAAAGACCGUUACCAGCAUCCGUUUAGAACAGUCAUAGAAACUGCGGACGAACAAUACCUUGCCGUGUACCAAAUGCUCGCGUAGAUAGAAACACUUAAGUCACAGCCUUAAGAUGCGAGUUACACGAGCUUAAGAUUCUGGAGAAACAACUCAAGGCAGGACAAUAAAGCAUCGUAGUAAAACGAGAAAAGACAAGUAUUGGUUUGUGCAAGGCACAGUGAAGUCGUGUGUUUGGCACACAGAAUUUAUCAAAUAUCAACCCCCAUCAAUCUAACCAUAUCACCCUAGACAGGCCGCUCAUGAACAAAACCCUGAAUACGAGUGAGCAAGCAUAUAUUGACUUGAUUGAAGGUCGAAGGUGCUUCUCAGCUUACUUUAUGUAAGACGCGGACUCGGAUGACGUUACAGCCUACUAUUAAAAUACUCAUCGACCCAUGACAGAACUGAAGUUGUCUCUAGCUUUGUUGUGCCAUCAUGAUCGAUUAGUGUUACACAGUUGAGUUUCUUACGAAGCCAACAACCUACAGCACCAGAUGGCAACAAAAUAAAAGCAGGUGUAGGUUUUAUCGUUUCGAAGAAAUUGUGUUUUUGCUUUUACUCAUGCAUAUGAAACGUAACCGACAAGGAAGCGUAGCAUGCAAAAAACCAAAAUAAGUUGUUUACUCUUUGCCGGAACUUUACCUGGACACAUAUCACAUGAUCACACGAAGUGAAGUAAACAAUUUUGACCACACCUCCAUUUCUCCCGGGCAUCUCAUGCAGGUAUGACAGAAUAGCAGGAUGAAGGAAGUGUAUCACCAGACCACUUUUCUUUCCAUGCAGCAUAACUUUUGUUACUUUGGUUGGCUGGAUACUACGAUUGAACGAUCUUCUUUUUGUAGCGAAAUUCGCGGCUAAGGGUUUAACAUUGUGGAACAGGGUUUCGCACACAUAUUUUACGGCUGUUUUAAAUGCAUAAAUGCAUCUUCGUUUCUUCGUAUUUUUUAAAACUAAUUUCUCGAAUGUGCAUUCCAAGUUGAUGCAUACUUGUUUAAUAUUUUAUAUAUUACUUUCUUUGUUAUAUAGAAAUUUUAUGUGCAACGUUAAUUUCAAACCUACAGCCAGAUAAUCAAAACGUUAGUGAAAAAUUUAUAUCUUUUACCCUCAUGAAACAAACAUGAGAAGUAAAUAAUUUUGUAUCCGUUUAGGAAGUAUGCGAUAAGGCAAAAAGGAAUGCAAUGCUAAUAUCAAUGUGAUAAAUGUAAUAUAUCCAUAUAUAAAAUAUGUAUAUCAAUACUCUGUAUCCAUUUUAUCAAUCUGUAGAAUGUUUAGUUUAUGACACGGAAUUA